AUGAGUGUCAACAGAUCUAUAGUAACCGCGGCCUUGUUUGCGACACUGAGUACACUGACUCUCGCUAAGACUGUGGUGUUCCUGCCACCCCCGAGUACCAGCUACUUUGUCUACCACAGCAAUGUAGCUGCAGCUCUAGCCAGCCGGGGCCAUGAGGUGUGGAUCUGCGUGCCAGACUUUCUGCUUCAAAAAAACUUGGUUAAAGACAAAGCCGUCAAAGUUAUCCCGUAUGGGAAACAAUUGGGCAACAUUGAGGAGCGAGUGAUGAAACAUUCAAGACUAAUAGAAGUUUUCUGGGCAGAGGAAUUCUCAAUAAACGUCGUGAACCUCUAUCAUCACAAUCAAGAAUAUUCAAGACUAGCACACGAGAUUUUGUCUGAUCAGACAUUUAUAAACGCAAUACGAAAUCUGAAACCAGACUUCUUCGUCUUGGAAUCCAUCAUAUUCAAUGUAAAUAUGGUAGUUCUACCGUAUAUUUUGGACACCCCUUUUGCAUUUAUUGGAACAUUCCACGACCCCCCUUUGACCAGGGUUCCCUUUAGUCCAGGAGCCCCGGACCUACCCGGGGAACACAUGAGUAACAGGCUGACAUUCCCAGAGAGGGCUGUCAACUUGCUCUUCUAUCUUGUCCGCAUCAACUUUGACCUGUUCCAUGACAGUAGUCUGGUGUCCAGGUUUGCAGCUCACAAGCCCUAUAAGUCCAUCAAUGAUCUGGCAGGCGAUGCUAAAAUAUUCAUUGCCGAGAUUGACCACAUACUGGACUACCCUCGUCUGAUGCUGCCUAACACCAAACUGGUAGGAGGUUCUUCUGCUUCGGUAGCCAAGCCACUGGUUGGGGAACUGAAGAAGUUUGUGGACGAGUCCAAGCAUGGAAUCGUGGUCGUCUCGUUUGGGGGAAGUGUGAUCAAUGUCCCCUCGCAUAUUACAGCCAAGAUGGCGGCAGCUUUCAGACAACUCGACCUCAGGGUGGUGUGGAAUGUCAAUCUAACCUCACCUGACCCUAGCCACAUCAGGACUUCCUUGUGGAUGCCACAAAAUGACCUUCUGGGACAUGAAAAGACCAAACUGUUUGUAUCCCACUGUGGUAAGAACGGACAGUACGAGGCCCUGUAUCACGCAGUGCCUAUUCUCUGUCUACCCAUUUUUGGAGACCAAGGCUACAAUGCAGAAAGAAUCAAAAUUAAACAACUUGGCCUUCGUGCCGAUAUUCGCAAAAUUAGCGCAGACGAGCUGGCAACUAUGAUCAAGGAAAUUGUUUACAAAGGAAAUUACUCCGAAAACAUGAAGAAAACCUCCCGCCUUUACCGAGAAUUGUAUAAAGAUCCAAAGACAGAAUCCGCCUACUGGCUGGACCACGUGAUGAAAUAUGGCGGGGCAUACAUGAGGUCAGCUGGUCAAGAGAUGCCCUGGUACCAGCUUUAUGUCCUGGAUGUUAUCGCUGCCCUGUUGGCUGUGACCUCACUGAUCUUGUUGUUUGUUUACCAGCUCAUCAAGAUCUGCUACAGAUGUGUUAGGACUCAGUUUAGUGACCGCAAACGAAAACAGGAUUAG